AUGCUCAUCUCCCUCACUCCCGCCCUCACCGCCCAAGAAGCGGAACGCGCACUCGGACAACUGACGGCGUUAGAGAUAGGUAUAGUCAUCUCCCUCACUCCCAACCACGCCACCCAAGAACGCGUACUUGGCCGACUGACAGCGACAGCGUAUCGUCUCCCUCACUCCCGCCCAAGAAGCGGAACGCGCCCUCGGCCGCCGAACGGUGAUAGAGAUUGCGAUGUCGUCUCGCUCACUCCCGCAGUUAAAAGGAUAAGGAGGAUAGGAGACAAUGAUUUCCAAGGCAUCCUUUACUCUUUA